AUGCAUUCAGUCUGUAUUCUUUGUAACAAUGUUUUGUUGUCUAUUGUUAGUUGUUCAGGAAAACAUUACCAUGAUAAUAAACAAUGUGGAAAUGUAACAAUUAGAGGGAAGAGCCAGGGAUCUGAUCCAUUGAUACAAACAGCAAGAGGGAAGUUACAAACUCGACGUUCUAAGUUGAAUGACCAAAUAAAUAAAGAGUUACGCAUGAGAAAUGGAGCUGAAAAUUUAUAUAGAGCUACUAGUAAUAAGAAAUUAAAGGAACAAGUAGCAGUUGAAUUGUCAUUUUUUAAUUCCAAUAUACAGUUAUUAAAGGAAGAAUUAGCUGAAUUAAAUAGUUCAGUUCACAUAUACCAACAUGAUAAUUGUGCUAAAUGUGUACCCAUGAUACCAUUGGGGUUAAAAGAAACAACAGAAGUGGAUUGUUCAGUACCUAUAAAGGAUUAUUUAUUAGAACACUAUAGUGAAGAACCAGAGAAAUUUAUAAAUGAAAUACAAGAAUUACAUAAUAUACGUCAGGCUAUCAGAACACCAGUGAGAGAUAUAUAUGGUCUAGAAUUAUUGAUGGAAUAUUUUAACCAGUUAUAUUAUAUAGAAAAACGUUUUUUCCCUACUGAUAAACAUCUUUCUAUACAUUUUCAUUGGUAUGACUCUUUAUCUGGAGUACCAAGUACACAGAAAGCUAUAGGUUUUGAGAAAGGUAGUGUUUUAUAUAAUAUUGGUGCAUUAUACACCCAGUUAGCUUGUAAACAGGACAGAACUACGAUAUCUGGACUAGAAGAUUCUAUAACAUAUUUUGUGAAGGCAGCUGGAGCCUUUCUACAUUUAGAAUGCCAUUUUCGUAAUGCACCUAGUAUGGAUAUGCAACCCUCUACACUUUUGAUGUUGGCCUCUUUAAUGCAGUGUCAAGCUCAAGAAUGUGUAUUAGAGAAAUGUUAUUUAAAAACUGUACAAAAUGGUAUCCUAGCCACUACGAAAAUGGCACAAGAAGCAGCCCUAGUAUCAGAGAAGUAUCGAGAUACACACAGAUUAAUGAUUAGUGAACCUGUGAAGAGUUAUAUCCCUUUCUCCUGGAUAUCUAUGGCUCAAACUAAACAUUAUUAUUAUAAAGGUUUAGCCCAUUAUUAUAUAGCAUCUGGCUUGCUAGAUCAGAAAGAUAGUGAUGAUAUGGAGAAGAUCAAGACUAUGUUCCAAGGAUUACAGAUUGGAGCAGAAGGUAGAGAUGAAAAUAAUGGGUUGAAAUUACCUACAAAUAGUGAAGACAGAAAAAUAAUAGGAAAAGCUCAUUUAAAAGAAUCAGUAUUAGGUCAUGAAGAAGCUUUAAGAGUUCAUGAUUUGUGUAAACAAUUGAGGAAGGUUGACCAUUAUGGUGAAAUCUUAGACAAGACUCAUGAAAGAGCAUUAAAAAAGUUCUCAGCAUUAGAAGAAGAGGAUGAUUUCUCUGAUUUAGUAACUGUUGCCAGAAUACAAGGGAAAUCAGAAAAUGAUGUUGUAUCAAUUACGCCAGAAUUCUCAAAGAUAAAGGUGACUGAUAUAUUUAGAAAACUAGGUCCUAUAUCAAUAUUUAAUGCCAAGAAUGAAUGGUCAACACCAAGAUUAGUUUCAUUACAUCGAAAUACUGGUGAAGGUUUUGGUUUUAGUGUUAGAGGUGAUUCACCAGUUAUUAUAGCUGAUAUAGAACCAGAAAGUGUAGCAGGGUAUAGCAGUAUGAAAGUUGGUGAUUUUGUAGUUGGUGUUGGUAAUGUUGAUACACUAUGGUCUAAACAUGAGGAGGUGGUACAGAUAGUACGACAAGCUGGAAGUGAUCUAGAUAUUAGAUUAGUUACACCUGUAAAUACAAACUUUCUAGAACCUGUACCUAGAGUUACAUCAACUAUUAGUUUACCUUCAACACCAGUUAAAAAUCGUAGUCGUCACAAUAGUACAUCUAGUGAACGAACAAAUAAUAAAUCAAACCGUCUCAGUGCUCCCUGGAUUUUUAUGAAAAAAGAUAUGAAGAAAGAAAGAAGUGAGGAUGAUGCGCCAGAGGACAUUGAUUUUGAAAAUAUUUCACGAUAA